AGAGAGAGAGACAGACAGACAGAGAGACAGACAGACAGAGAGACAGGGGAAAAGAACAAGGAAGUACAGGAAUAACAAUAUGAAUAAUAGUGACAGUAGCAGCAGUAACAGCGAUAGUUAUAUUGUGGCAACUUGCUCCUACUGAUAACAGUAGUAAUGGCAGCUAAUAACAUUAAUAAUAAUCAUUGAUAAUCAUAGUGAAUUUUAGCAGAUUUAGCAGCAGUAGCUGGUUUGCAGCUGCAGGUCCAGACUCUACAUCUCUGGAGGCGGGAAGAGAAGAAGGAGAAGGGACAGAGAGAGGAGCUCAGCCUGGGCUUCAUGUGCUUGAGGGAAAAAGCAAACGGUUCGAAUAAUGAGGUGGAAGUAGAAGUACUUUUACACGCAGUUGUCAGAGGAAGUACUGCAGUACAAGUAGUCAAACUAGGAGGUACUCGCGUUAUCCGAGUACAAGUAUCUCCGAACAGUGUACACAGCUGGUUUCAGUCCACAGCGCUUGACUACAACUCCCAGUAGCAAGCGCGUGACCGGAAGCUGUGCAGCCUCCGUCAGAGAAGACGAAGAAGAAGAGAAGCCGCAGCAGCUGAAGAUGAUGAAGAGUAAAGCCGAUGAGGAAGACUACUGGAACAGCUCCAAGUUUAAAGCGUUCACCUUUGACGAUGAAGACGACGAGUACAGCAGGUUAAAAGAGUCGAAGCAGGCAGUGAACAGCAUUCGCAGACUGGUGGAGGAAGACGACGAUGAAGAUGAUGUGGAGAGGGUCAGCUGGAGCGGAGAACCCGUCGGAAGUAUUUCCUGGUCAGUCAGAGAGACAGCAGCGUCCAAUCAGAGGACAGACAGAGAACCCACCUUCCCCAAAAUCAACACUGACACCCCGACCAUCAGCAAGAGUCAUUCAGGAUACUCCCUGAGCUCUCUGUUUAAAGCAGGAAAAACUAGAGGAGGAAACUUCCAGACCUUCACUGACCCGCUCAGCGACUCGUCUGUCAGGCUUUACGCUCCAGAGCUCCGAAAACCCAAAUCUGAAUACAAGGAUUUCGUCAGUGACUGGUCGCCUGAGGAGACGGUUCACAGAAUGCAGCAGGGAAAGGCUGUGUCUCUGGAGAAGUUUCGGUCUCUGCAGGACAAACUUUUGCUGCUGGAUUUCGGCGUCAGCGCUCAUGAUGGAAAUGUCAUCACCGCUGUGUUGAUUUAUUUGAAGAGGACUCUGAGUAAAGAGGUUUUGUUUCGGGAGCUGGAGUCCAGACAGACGGCUCUGAGACAUUUCAUCCACUACCUGACUGAAACCAGAGACCAGAGGCUGCUGCUGGAGCUGCUCAGAGCUCUGGGCAGGACGGAGGACGUGGCGCUGCUGCAGUAUAAAGAACACCUGAGCAUCGCAGAUGAAAACAAGAGGAGGGACUUCCUGAAGAGCUGCCUCAGCCUUCCAUUGUCUCCAGAGGACUCGGCUCAUGUUCAGGACCACUACACUCUUAUGGAGAGACAGAUCAUUAUCGAGGCAACAGACCGGCAGGCUGAGCGUGGCGGGAAGGUGGAAAUCUUCCAGAAGUUUCCCAGAAGAGCUUCGAUCCUCAACAUGCCGCUCAUCACCACACUGUACUACUGCUGCUUUUACCACUACACUGAGUCUGAGGGAACUUACAGCAGUCCACUGAACAUCCGUCACACCUUCAGGAUUUCAGAGAAGCAGUACUUUGUGACAGCGUUGGCGGCGAGGGCGAAGCUAAAGGCGUGGUUGGACCUGGACGCUCUGUUCACCAGCAGGAACUGGCUCGGCUUCACCAGGAAAAAGUCACCACUCAGCUUCCAUAGAGUCGUCGACAUCCUGCAGAAAAACUCCGCCCCCACUCAGGUGCUGCAGGAGUACGUCGGGCUGAUCGAUGAUGCCGACCUCAGGAUCAGUCUGGCUCAGAAACAUAAAUGUCAUGACAUCGUCAUCAACACGUAUCGGGACCUGAAGGACCGGCAGCUGUUGCUAGGAUACCGGGGGAAGGUGGAGAGAGGAUCAGCAGAGGAGAGGAAGAUCAACGAACUCCUGGACAACCCGCAAAUCCGCUGGAAGAACUGACGCUGCAGAACGAAGCCUCAACGACAGACUUUUAUUGUGAAAAACUGUGACAACUUCCUGCAUUAAGAGCCCGUGAAGGUCGUCCAUCACCGUGACAACAGGAAUGUCCAAUCAGCUUGCAUCUGCUUCACCAGAGAGGAGAACUGCUUUAUUCGUCCGUUGAGUCAUCGGCGAGGCGUCUUCGUCGUCAUGGAACAUUCCUUAAACAAAAUAAAGUUUUUAUAAAAAUGAACAAUAAACAUAUUUAAAUGUGAA